CUUCGAGCGUAAUGAAAGUAACCGUCCGACAUGAUGCGAAGUUAUGAGUUUUAAUGAAAAUCCAAUGGCAUAUUAAGACAGUCUUAAAACGUUUGUGAACAAGGAUGGAUAUGAAAGUUGUUUUAUACAUAUCUUUCAUUGUAUUCUUCACAAAUCUACCUCAACAGACGGAGCAGAGCGACCCAAUCUUGGCGAAAUCACAUUGUGGUCAAGUUAAUGCGACAGCAUUCCCAGCUUGUGUGAAAGAAGGCUUCAGUUACACGGUCAUAAGUCUUGCGAAUAAGUAUUACGCCAGGAGCUAUGCGGGGAUAAUAAAAAACGUCAUGGAAAGACUCGGUGACUGCUCAAAGUACACAGCAUUCAUGCUGUGUUCACUGUAUGUACCGAGAUGCAAUAGCAGCGAGAAGGGACCCUUACUUCCUUGCCAAGAAGUUUGUUGGGAAUUUGUCAAAGACUGUGGCACGAAGAUGGAUUUCACUGGAUUGAACUGGUUGAAAUCGCUAUGCAGUGUUCUACAGAACAAGACAGAAAAACCUGGAUGUUUUAAACCCAAGGAUUUCACGCCGUCAAAAUCAACCUUUACAGGUUUGUCUUGUAAAGCAAAGGUUCUAAACGAAAACUGCGGUAAAAGCUUUGAGAACACUAUUGUACCGGAAAAAACACAACGGAACAAAACCUUCCAAGAUAAAGAAAGUGAGGCUAUGGGACGCAUGAUGAACUCCAGCACAAAUGAGAAGUGUAAGACAAUUCUCGCGAAGCUGGCUUGUGCAUCGUAUACACCGCCAUGUAAUAGAAACAAGAUGGAGACGCUGUGCAGAACGGAAUGUGUUUACCUGUUCGAUAAUUGUCAAGGAGCUGCUGAUAUUCCGGGUGUGGUAGCCUACUGCGCUGAGCCGGCUGAGGGAUAUUCGGACAACGGUUUUUGCAAGCUAAACAGGUGGCCAAGUGCGAGACAUUGGGAAACAGGUUCACGGACCACUACGAUAUUGCCUCAGUCCUUUCCCCCAGGUCUCAUUGCUGCCCUCGUUUUGGUGCCACUCUUUGCAGUGAUCUUCAUCUAUCUUGCCGUUGCUGUGCGCAGGCGUUACCAUCAGAGGACAAGCGGUUAUGUGCAGCAGAGAUCAACAUACACCGAGCCUGAUAACCCUACUGCAUAACGCGAAAUCAAGGCUCUUAUUUUUCUUAGUCUUUGUUUAAGAGAGGUCAUUGCUCUUCUUCCAUCAAACGUCUUGUGACACUGGUUAAGCUUUUAUUUAAUUCCUGCCCUUUAACAAAACAUAUGAUAUAUCAUAAGAAAAUUUGGCGAGCGUAAUAGUUUCAAGUUCAUAAUUUAAAAUUUGUUCUAAUCUCCUCCAUCCUCAGCCAUCCUUUAAUAUUUUUGGUUUAUUAUCACCUCUGGCUCUUGUGUUUUUCUAUCUUACCAAGGAAAAACUUUUUGAGUCAUUUAAAAUCUGUCAAUCUUUUCCAUCCUUUGCCAUACCUCGUCUUUCUUGACUUAUCGUUGUCUCUGUUGUGUUAUGCUAUCUUAUUAUUUUCUAUAGUCCUCCUCUGCUGAAUAUAGUUUCCCGCCACCAAAAAUGACACAAAUCCUUAUCAAAGAUCGAGAACUUAAAACAGACAAAUGUGAGGCACUGUUUAUUACGAUUUACAUGAUUGGCUCUAUGGUAACUUGCUCAGGUGAAACAACGAGAAAAGACUGCUGCAUUUGCGGACAACGAUUGCGUCGUAACUAGACCGAAUGGAACUAAAAUUUGACGUCGAGUGCUGCGUACAAAAUUAAGUCGAUGGUGGCAAGCCUACCUUUAGAAAACUGGAAUAGUUAUGAAUUAUGCGUGGCUGUCUUUAUCUCGAUCUUCAGUGCUGCCAUCUCAUAAAGCUUACAGUUUACUUCACAGAGAACAGCUCGGUUCGCAAAGCCUAUCUCGUAGAAAAAAUAAACGAAAGCUGAGAGGUCCACACGUUUACUGAGUUUCUUUGGCUGAACUGCUUAUAAUUUUCUUUCUUCGUGUAUUAUGCAAUGUACUAACCAUUUUUUCGAUAUUCUGAGCUCAAGAAUCUUAAGUAUUGUCUAGUACUUUUGGCAUGAGCUUCUGGCUCGAGAGAAUACUUAGGCUGUCUCUGUAUUAUUGACAUGCAAUAGGAAAAAAGAAAGAGUCACUUACUUGCUCCUUCACAAAGCUAAGGUCAAGGAUCUUUACUCCCGUAAGUGUCUCAAGAUUUAUGUCUCCUCGUGUUUUUUUUUUUUUCUUGUAUUUUGCUUUCUAAUAAACCUGUUUUGCAAAUAAAAUAUCCUUCUUCUCUUUUUUAAGCCAAUAAAGCAGGCUCAGGUAGAACUGAGAGGAAAAAAAAGCCGAAAUCAGAGUUAUGCUUGUCCACCAGUCUGGUCUCUCAGUCAAUCGAUCAGACAAAUAUUUCUUAGGCAA